AUGGAUAUCGCCAUGUGGGGCAAUGCUGUGAGACAUAUGGAUGCCUUUCGUCGCGACACUGGGGAUCUGAUCCGGCCGAUGGUGCAAGCGCUUUACACCUGCCUGGUGCAUCCCAAUGUCUCGGGCCGGCCCACCUCGGUGAAAGAGGCAUUGCUCGAGUCGAUCGGUGAGUGGGCGGACGCGGUGCCGCCCUUACACGGGGAGUCGCCCUGGGAGUACGGCCGACUAGCCUUUCUGCUGCUGCCUUGUGCAGCGCUGAUCUUCCUGGGAUUCUCCAUGAUCCGUAUGCGGCAACGAGACGUCGUCAAGGUCCUUGGGGACCAUGAAAACUAUAGUGACUGCAUGGCCAUAGAGCUUAGUGCCUUGGAAAGGGAGGUGAAAGAUUUGAAAGAAGAGUUGAGAGGGGUGGUGGCUUUGGUGGGCAGCUUAGCGGCUGAAGUUCAGGGAUUGAGGGCUUUGGUUGGUGGGCACGACUCCUACCCCGACAGUGUAGCUUCAUCCAAGGGAAAUACUUUUUCUUUGGUUUCGGAGAUUCGUUUGGCUGACGCUGAAGAACAGCGAGAUCGAGAGAGGCAGGCUGAAGCUCGCCCUUCUGUUGCUCCCUUUCUGGAGACAGAGCGUGAAGCUGCGGUCAAGUCCAUCGGAUUGUUUUUGGGCCGUGCAGCCCGCGGUGAACCUCGAGGUCCUUCUGGCCGUGAGCGCAUCGAUCUAGCAUCUCGGUAUUGGGUGGUGGUGAAAUCAUUUGAAGGUGAAGAGUUUUCCCCGGUCAAGGUGUUCAACCGGUGGGCAGCGGCACGAGACUUGGUCAAGAAAGGGCAGGAUUUGGGUCAGUCAGUUUUCGUUGGCCUACCAGCUCUACAAGACGUGCGCCUUGCUUUGUCCACAGGGAUGAGCCAUUCAUCACCUGACGGUGGUGAGGCUGAGGUGGAAACUGUUGAAGGGGAGGCUCUCCCCUAUGUGUUUGUGGACGGCAGAGUUGAUUUCAAUUACCCUGCUGGUCUGCUAGAGAUUCACGAGCCCGAAUUCAUAUCUACUCAAGUCAUCUUGGUUUCGCUUCUUGAGGAGCAGACUUUGGUGGCACUUCCACAAGCUGCAUGGCAUCGGCUGCGAGCUCACAGGCAGCUCCCGCUGAACUCUCUCAGCAAAGCUACACUCGUCGAGGUGGCGGUGGCAGAGCCGGACGACCGGCACACCUUGUCGUCGGUCGAGAAUUCGUUGAAGGUUUGGCUCGGGUUCCUACGAGCCGAUCUGGUUGCAUUGAUUCAAUUUCUGGAGGAGGAAGAAGGCCUGCACGAACAGACGCUGACUUUUGCUCCGGAUGGUACCGCUGGUAUAGUGCCCUAUGCUCAAGCUUUGGUGGAUGUUGCUCGAGAUCACUUUGCAUUCUUUUCCGCUCUGGAGAAAGAGCCAGAGCUUCCCGAGUCUGGGUCUCCGGACCUCACUGCUCGUGUUGCGACCCUCGAGGAGACGCUCAGUCAGGUUGCAGCCAACAUGCAGGAGCUGUUGAACAUGCAGAAGACGGCCGCUCCUGCAGGAACAUCAACAAAGAAGAAGGAACCUGCCAGCGUCAGUGCUCCCGUGAAGAGUGCCUCUCCGCCAACGCGGAAAAUCGAUCAGGAUGCUCGCAAUGGUGCGUCUCUCAAGCCCUCGAGUCCAGUGGCAGCAUACCCCUUGCUCGACCAGGCGGUUGUCAGGUCGGCUCUGCAAGCCGGGGUGCCAAGCGAUGUACUGCAAGAGAUGCAGACUCUGAUGGCCGCUGCUGGGCCUGCCAAAAGGUUGAAAGAGCACAGAGCUGCGCCUCCAAAGGUCACCAACGACCUGUCCGAGUCGGAGGACGAAGAUCCUCAGGCGGCCGCAAGUGGUUUAGUCGACAGUGGCUUGAACAGUCAAGAUCCUAUGACUCAGGCGGUGGUCAAACUCACCGACAUUAUGAGCACGUUGACAGCCGACAAGCGCAAGAAGAAAGCGGGUGCCCUAGAGACUGCGCUGGAUGGGGUCCAUGGAUCAGGUGGAGAUGGGGUGAGCAGUGGAGCCGGCCGACGCUCCGCCAUUGCUCGGCGAGCGCUGAUGAAGGCUCUCACUACGAGUCCUCAAGAGCUGUCCCAGAUCAUCGAGAGAAAUUUGUUGGAGGACCUUGCUGGCAGAACUCGAACUCCGGGCCAACCGGAACCGACCUUUUCAGCACGUGCGUGGGUGGAGCAUCGGAGCUUCAUCGGGGCCUACAAGACGUUGGCGCAUGCUGCUUGGGGUGUCAGUGCAAUCCUGGACUGCUUGGUGUCAGGCAAGAUAGAGGAAGGUCGGGCGCGUGCCGGCUUACUUCUCCUUCAACUGGACCAGACGGCUGCAGAUCGAGGGAACUGGCAACUGGCGGCGACCCUGAGCCUGGAGCCUCAACCUCCGUUCACAGUGCUGGCGCAACAUCAUCCUCCCGACACGGCGAUGGGCGAGCAGCCGUUCAGCAAGCUCUUGGAUCCAAGAUUUGCAGAGGUGGCUCUUGCACACCUCAAGGACACAGAGGAGUACUUGGAGAAGCGCAAGAAGCUUCAGAGAGGAGCGCUGAAAAAGGAGGAGGUGCAGAGUGGAGAGGAGACGGCUGUUCCAAAGAGGAAGGCCAAAGCCCGUCCCCGUCGAAACCAAGGGGAAGGGGCACAGCACACAGAAGCUUGA